UGAUAUUUGUAUCCUUAUUAAUACAAGCGUCACAGCAAUAUCAUUGACACAGAGUAUGAGUUUUUAUUUGUUUAGUUAAUGUGAUAUGAGUCUUUGUAAAUUAAAGUUGUGUGUAGUGUUUUAAAUCAGUAUAUUUGUUGUUUGUUUUGCUGUGCUCAUCCAUAUCUGUGCUGAUAAUCCACUCCGGGUUUUCACAGCGCUUCGGCGGUUUCCAAACUGUCACAGUUUGUUGCUCCGGGAGGAGAGGCGGGUAAAAAUGUAAACACAGAUCCACCCUGGUGGAGAUUUUUAGUUUGGUAGCUCGCUAGACUUUACUUUGUUGCUGUUUUAUCAGAGGGAACACUGCAAAGCUGCUGUACUUUUACUUCUCCUCACUCUUUUGAUAAUAGAUAUUGCUUAAAUAUUACUUUACCGGCAGUUUGGUAUUAAACGCUAGCUAACAACAGCUAACCUGUUAGCUAGCAAGCUAGGCUCACAGCUCAGCAGCUAAUAUAUAAUAUUAAUAUAUUAGCGUUAGUUAACUGUUAGACGUUAUUACCUACCGUUUCCACAUGCAACUUGAUGGAGGACUACGACAAGUUUGUGCAGCAUCAUCUCUCCCAUCUGAGGAAAAGUGAGGAGGAAUACAACUCACCUCCACCUGUAUCCUCUCUCAUCCGCUUCUAUGGACAACCCAUCCUCCCUCCUCUGCUCUCAGGGGAGCAGAGAGAGGAGAUGCAGGGACACAGAGAUGCCACGCAGAAAGAUGCUGUCCACAGGAAGUUGAAGGAUGAUUCAAGAAUGGCAUACGUGAAAACUAUCCUACGCGGUGUUCAACUGAGGAAGACGCCAACACUGGAGGAGUUGCUUCAAGAGUCGGAAAUUAACACAAGAUCUUCAUAUUCCCAUCACACCAGUGGUGGAUCAGUGUCGCAGAGCAAUUUAUUCAUAGGAACAAUGGAUAGUCUUUCGCCCUCACCACCACCCGAUAGGAAGGAAAAGGAUGGUGUUUCUCUUCCUCCAUUGACAUCAACUACAUAUAGUGCCUUUUUCACCUCUGAUGUGACACCUCAGCAAAGAUACCAGGAAGAAUGCCUUAUUGAACAACAUUACAGCCAACAGGGAUCACAUCCAAGCCACCAGUCAGUGUCCUCCGGUUACCUGACCUACGAAAAUGUUGAAAACACCACCAGUGUCUCCGAAAGGAUUGAUGCAGAGAUAGAGAGACGUUCCUUUGGCUCCUCAGGGGGAGCUUAUCAUAGUAACAUGGGUGGCUUUUUUCUUCAAAACACCUCAAACACAAUCGCCAAAAUGCCGGAUAUUAUAAGCCACCCUCCUAUAGAUGGAGAGGAAUUGGAAAGGAGUGGACUGGAAUCACCAAUUUGCAAUAACGUUUUAGCAAUAAAAGACAUUUUUUGCACCUCUCUCCAGGAUGAUUCAUUCAUAUGUGAACAUUUACCAGUCAAGAAAUGUGAAAGCAGUCAUCAGGACAGCGCAGAAGGUGGAGAUAACUUUUCCUUUGCCACUGUGCUCGACUUUGACAAAGAUCACAAUUUAGAAACAAUUGAGGGUCCAGUCUCUUCAUCAGAAAACACUUAUAUUUCAGACAAUCCAGAGUUAUCGCAGAUAUUAAGCACUCAUCACAGUCCAAUGUCGGAGCUGCACAUCGAGCAUGACGCCACUGAAUCAGAGCCAACGGACGACCGCAUAGACGAAGCAAAUCAAUCUGAGGAGCCUGAUCGUCUGAGCCUCCAGGCCUUGCUGAAGAAAUCUCAGGAGUAUCGGCGGAGCCAGAGGAUGCUUAGGAACCAAGCCAAAAACACUAAAAUUCAGGAGAGGACCCAAGAACAGUCGAGAGCUAGGGUGGAGGAGCAGAGCCUCUCUGAUAAAGAGAACGACGAGUUCCCUUAUAAGGGCACUGUAACCACAGAGGGGAAGAAAACUAAAGAGAGGAGAGGCACUGUUAUCCCGUCUGUGGAAACGUCACCCAAGAAAAAUGAGAGGGUGAUUGAAAGUGAGUUUUUUGGGGAAAAGGUCAACUUCAAACCAGAAAGCACACGUUUAAGAGGAGAUGGAAGUACUAAGGAAAUGGAGGAGGAGACAGUCUUCAAGAAUAAUAAGCUGAACAUUUCACAAGAAGUUAUAACGGAGCAAAAACAAAUCAGUGACGUCUCCCAGCAACAGCCCAUGUCGCCAGAAACCUCGCCUGUUCAGGAAGCCUUUUAUUUGUCCACCUAUCCCGCAGUUUUUCAUAAUGGAGUAGGGAAAUAUCACACUAUCCCAGCCCCUAAUUUCUGUCAGAGUCCUGUGCACUGCAAAAGCAAAGGCAGUAUCCAAGAUGGAGAAACUCUCAAUAGGGCUGAGACCUCAAAGACAAAGGUUUUAGUCGAUACUGGUUUGAAUGAAAGUCACAAGGUUGAAAACCUUGGACAUCAAAACAGUCCCACAGCAGUUCCUUCCACCAAGAAUCUCAUGGUUGAAGGUGAUGUAACACACGUUUCAGCAAAGAGUUCACAGCACAUAGAUCAGCUCGAGUACAACCUGUCCAGUCUGAAAGUACUGAUCUCGGAUCUGGCAUCCACACUGACAGAAAACUUGGAGAAUCACAGCCAAACUGAGAGCAACACGCAAGGUGAGUUCAGUUUAAAAGGCAUCAAGAACUCUGGUCAAAGUGAUUGUAACCAUUGGGAAGGAAAACUGAAGGAUGACGAUGAUGCGGAGCAAGACCAAAGGUACGGAGAGCAGCCGAGAAGACAAUCGUUGGACACAUUCAAGAACGUGCAUGAAGAUACAGGACCUGAACCAGGCAUCAGUGACACAGACGAUGUUCAGGCAAAAGAAGCUGAGUCAGAUAAGGUACACAAGCUCAGGCUAGUCAAAACUUUAGCUACAGAGAGAGGAAAGGAAAAAGGGACAUGUAAAGAAGGACUUACAAAGAGUCAUGGACAGCAUGGUGGCUGUAGAAAGCCCACAGCUAAAUGCAUCCUCUCUGUGACCCAGCGGAUGCGAAUUCCCGAAGUAUUUAGAAAUGUUUCCUCUGCAGCCACGGCUUCACGUAACGUCUCGGUGCUCUCGGAUACCAGUAACCUACCGGUGGAAAGUAGGAAUGAGACAGCUGCAGAAGGUCACGACUCUACCCACUCGCCAUCUCUUAACCAGUCGUACGACGUGGAAGCACCGUCUGGCCUGUGGCUCCUCGAAGGGUCAGGGUCCGACAUGGGCUCGAGAAGUCAUCUUGUUCAGGAGAAACAUCUGACCCCAGAGAGUGGCGGUGAGGGCGGGGUAUCCAAGGUCAAACGAAGACUGCUCAUGCACUGGACGGAGGAGACACAGGAAAGGAGUGCAGAAGCCAGCAGAGGAGCAGGCUCUGCGGUCAGACCCAACUACAGCACUCCUCAAGAUAUACUGCCUUCAGCUGCAGUGCGGUGGUAUGAAGGCCAUGGCAGUCAAGAAGACGAGCAGGAACAACUGAAGCAGGCCCACGCUGCUCAGGUCAAAGCCCUGCAAGAUGAGCACAGGAGACAACAGGAAGAACUAGUGAAGGCAUUGGCAGUGCGUUACCAUCUCCUCCAGAGCAUGUCCUUCCCUCGCUCCAAGUCAAGCUCACGUCUUGGGGACAUGAUGACCUUUUCUACCCUCUCACCACCACAUUUGUUGACGCCCGGCUCCAGCCCACUCUCGAAGCGCUGCCGCCCCCUGCUGUCGGCAGCCGUGAAAGGUUUUCUCGCUCGCAGGAUGCUGAAGACUGAGAGAGUGGCGCAGCUGGUGCGCACCAUCAGGGACACACAUCAGUUCCUGCAGGCCCUCCAGCAGCACAGCCCGAGCCGAGUGGAGUUCUGUAGCAGACAGGACGUUUUAUUGCAGGAGAGAGUCACUCUGCAGCUGCGCGCUGCACGUUACGAGGUCCACGACAUAUUCUUCAGCCUGUCAGUCGGAGAGAGGAUGCAGCUGAUCGGCUGCGACAGAGAGCUGACCAGGGAGAGAGAGCUCAGGCGACAGAGUGGCCAUCCGAGAGGAAAGAGUUCUCUGUCAACUGCAACACAGAAAUCACUGGAGAGGAAGAGAGGAAUGAUGAUCCAGAAAAAGGCAGCAGAAAGGCACAUGGGAGUUGUGACGACGACUGGACACAAUACUGGGUUCUCAGCUGAGCAGCCGCUGGAAACCAAGCGAGGGCAGUUCAGAGCAAAUCCUCAGAGGGUCCCCAAGAGCACUCUCUCCUCGAGACCCCGAUGACACGUUCCUAAUUGGCCCCAGUGAGGACUCCUAAUAAGGCCUCUAGCGGUUACAGAAAUAUUGUAAAACUAAUCAUUUGAGACGUUUCAAAAUUUGACAAAAAGUGAUGCCUUUUGCUGACGAAUAUAUUAUUGUAUUUCUUAUCUAGUGAUGCUGUGAAAUGUUUUACACUGUAAAACCAGAGUAUACUGCAGUGAUGACAGUCUUCCACUACAGAGUAGUUUCACUUGGGGGUAAAACAUCACCUGCUCUGUCAGUAACAGAAAUUCUUUACCAGGUCUGCUUCCAGUAUUCUCCACCAUGUUCAGUGUACUCGCAUUGCAGAUGUUAGUGGGACAAAUGUCGAGUUGGCAAGAAAAAACAAACCCUGCAGUGGAAAAACGCUGAGCUGAAAGAUGCUGUUUAUGAUUUGCAGCAGACACAGGUGUGAUGAAUAACGUUAAUAGAGAUUCCUGUAAGCCAGUGGUGAAUGUAGAUGAAUGUAGAUGAUCCUUCUCUGGCUAACUGUUUACAACUUGUAGCGUAAGGUUAGGUUGGAAACGACCAUUGCUUUGUUUUAAGGAGUGACAAGUUGAAAAGGAAGCCGUGAGCCAGCAGCUAGCUCUAUACUAGCACUCGGGAACCAAAGCACCUAACUGGAAUGCAGCCAUGAUUUAUUGAUGAUAUUAAUAACCCCUCAACAUGUCGACUGUGAGAAAGGGUUUAUUAAUCAGUUGUUGCAGUGGUUUUCCAGCUUUGCUAUGUUAAGUCUCUGCUUUGAGGGAUGCAGCUCAACAUUGAAUUAUUCAGUUUCAUCAAAUGUAUGUUCCUAGUUCAUUGCCACCAAAAGCAGACCACCUCCAGAUGUGUUCGCACAUGUUGAACUCUGCUAGUAUGACAUUUACAGAUUUUUUGUAGCUCACUUAUACAGAAAUGUUAACAUGCAGCUCCAGAGCUUAGUUAUACGGCAAAUACUUGAAUAGUGUGUUACAUUAUAUUUUCCCUAGUGUAUUGGUAUCACAUGUCUGCCAAAACGCAUGCAAACCGUUGCAAUUUUUUAUUCUAGAGAAUAAAGUGAAGCUGUUUUUUUAUGUUAUUUAUUUGUAUUUGCUUAGUAAUAAAUGUUUCUUAACACUU